CGUCAGCGCUCGCUGGUUGUUCCAGCUGUUGAGGAAAUGGCGGCCGCAGCGAUGGCAGGGGCUGUGGCGGAUCCUCCGCACAUUACGGAUGCCAAAAAACGUGAAUAUUUCUCUUCCAUUAACUCAAUGGCCCGUAAGAUCAUGCAGGAGAGGGACAAGAUAAAAGAAAGCUACGGUCCCGCCUGGGAUCACAUGAGUCCAGCCGAACAGGACUCGGCCAUCGAUAACGGCAUGAUGGAUCCCCGGAUCCGAGCUCGGUACGCCAUGCACCGGGUGGACCGAGAUGAGGUGAUCUGUUACCCGAAACUGCUCAUCCAGACCGGACAGAAGAUAGUACACUUUGGAGAAGAGGACUUAACUUGGCAAGACGAGCAUUCGGCUCCCUUCUCCUGGGAGACCAGGAGUCAGCUGGAAUUCAGCUUGAUCUCUGGUGCCACAGAGUCGGCCGUUCCCUCUGUAAGUAACGAAUCCAAACCCAAAACCUCUCAAAGCAGCAAGCCACCCAACAAUGACGAGUCGUCGUUCUGGAAGAUCAGCGCCGAGCGGUCCAGGCUGGAGGGCGAGAAGGCCGAAUUUCAGUCCCUGAUGCCGAGCCAAAUCAAAUCUCUGGAGAAGGGGGAGAAGCCCUUGCCCUCGUACCUCAGGCCGGAGUCCGUGUCGAGGGAGUCUGAAGAAGCCCCCGCCUCAAAGCAGGUUAAACAGAGGACCAAUAGACCUUCAGCUCCUCCUCCACCAGUUCCCAUCAGCGUAACUCCCGCUGCGAUUAGCGUGACCCCAACGCCUCCUGCUCCUGCGUCCACUUCAGAGGAGGGAUGGGAGAGGGCUCAGAGCACCCUUCCCUCUGUAAACAACACCCUGGAUGAUGUCUUCAGUCCUGGCCUGGUCACCAGCUUCUCUUCAGCCCAACAAAACACAGGCAAAGAUGCUGACAAGCCCAGUGGUUCGCCUGCCUCAAGUCCUUCGUUCUCACAGUUUAACACGAGCAGCAGUAUUCUGAAGACUGGAUUUGACUUCUUAGACAACUGGUAAUGCUAGAAUAUCUCAAAGAAUCAAGAAACACGAUCUUCAACACUACAAUUUUGAAUGCUUAAGUAGUUUAUUUAGGGUGCAUCAGUAUCUCUACAGCUCUGCUUUGUUUGAAUCGCAUCAGAUGGGCAUCAUUUAAAACCAAAUUCGUUGCAAAUUUUCACCUGAACCUCUUACUUUCAUAACCCAAAGCUUAAGUAUUAAAGCUUAAAAUGGAGAAGUAUAUUUCUUUUGUGUUUUCCUACCAAACUCUUGGCAAGAUAUACAUCUGUAGCCAUCUUCUAGAUUGCCUUCAUACGAAUCACGAACUACAAUCUGCAUGAUCUGAACCCCAGACCUUUUCAUGUGGACUCAAGUGUGUUUCCAUGGUUUGCACUUUAUUUCACAGUCAGUCAAGAAAGACUUCUGCAUCUCUAUACGCCUUAUUCAGUUCGCCCCCAUGUUGGACGUCCAGAGUGUGGGCUAUUAUUUUGUAUCGGGAUGCUGGUCAUUCAGCCAUCAAAACACAGAAAAUACAUAAUUUUACACAUUUCCACAACACAAAGACCCUCAGAAAACGUGACCUAAUUUUGAUAUGAGAGCAGCACAACGUGUACAUAAAAUCUGUUUUGUAAUUAUCCUAUUGGCUUAUCGGUCAUUUGUUGUCAUUUUCUCAAUUCACAUUUUCUAAUGUUUUUUGUCCUGUGGAAAUUUGUUAAAUGAUGUAUUUUCGGUGUUUUGAUGGCUGAAUGACCAGCAUCCAAUAGGUAUCCAACAAAACAAUAGGUUUAAAGCCAUCCGUCACAGCCUCAAUUUGAAAUCAACAUGGCGGCAGACUGAAUAAAACUCUUUAUGAAUGAUGCAUUACUCUCAUUGGCCCAGUCUUUAAUCUGUUAUUUUUUAGACCUUAAUACUAGUGUUAAGAUAUUUCACUGUACAUUUACUGAUAAGGACCUAAAUGAAGAACUGUAGCAUGGUUUUCAGAAGACAAUAUGCACCUUGGCUUGUUUUAUAGACUUUUUAUAUGCGGUUUGUUGUGUAUCAAAUAAUCCUUUCACUUUAUUCUCCUAAAUGCUUCUUUCAGUAGUAAAGUACAGCAGAGAUAACUUAGAGCAACACAACAGUUAAAAUCAUUGGCAAAUCAUACUGAAUGCUUCGCUAGGACAUUGAAAGUGUGCAGUCUUGCAUUACUGCGAUAGUGAGUAUACAUGCCAAGUCACAGUAUGUCAGAGCGUUAUAGAUAACUUAAAAUGCACAUCUGGUAGAUGGCCAUUAACAGGUUAACUUUCGCAAGAUUUUCUUGAAAUUGUCAGCAUACUGUUGUUAUGAUGUUGGAGAGCAGGUAUCAAGGCAGGUACAUUACCUUAAAGGAACAGUAUGUAGGAUUGUGGCCAAAACUGGUAUUGCAAUAACAAAACUUGUGGCUAAAACUGGUACUGCAAUCACACAACUGGUAGCAAAUACACAACAUGACAACAUAAACAUCAGUUGAGGGCUGCAACUCCACCUUUUAAAUGACAAUAUCCUGGCCAGACCACUGUUGUCAGUGAUAUAAGUAUUUGAAAUGAAAAUGAUUUCUUAAUGUCUAGUGACAUAUCAGGGCCAUUUUAUGAUUAAUUUAUAUAAAUUUCUUACAUACUGUUCCUUUAACUGUUCGCAAUACUACUCUGCCUGCAAGUAGGGUUGCAAAAUUCUGGGAAUUUUCAAGGCUGGAAACUUUCCAUGGGAAUUAAUGGGAAUAAACUGGGAAUUUGAAAAAAAUUGCAGAGUUGGCUAUAAUAGGGAACUUAAAUAUAGUAAAAAAAAUAUCUUGCAGCAUAAUUUUGUUUAAAACAAGAAGAUUUAAUAAAACUUCAGUUUAAUUUCUACCCUGCACAUUUCUCAGUCACAUUGCUUACUGAAGGGCCAUUGAGGCCACACCCCCUGCAUUUACUUGCAUUCAAAACAUACACAGAUCAUUUCUUGAAUCCUGCACACAAAAUAAUGUCAAAAUGUCAAUUUUUGCGGUUAUUCACACAAAAAAUACAUACAUUUCUUUGUGCUGCAUGUACGCUAGUGUGCAACAACAUUAUAUCAUUGUAAAGACAAAUACACUGACUGAGAAAACAUUUAGGUGAGAUAAUUACACCCCAAACCACCCAAAAGUUUGGACACUUUACUAUUUUUAAUGUCUUAUGCUCAUCAUGCCUGCAUUUAUUUUAAUGAGCACAAGUUUCAGGAUUCCUCAAAAUCUGUAUUACGUUGCAUGUAUAUCUGCUUAUGACCAAACAAAAUAUUUAUUUAUGUUUGUAUGUGAUAUAUAUUUUCCUAAAUUUCCAAAUAAUUCCCAUCAAGUUUCCAAUUUGGAAUUUUUCCAGAAUUCCUCAGAUUUAAGUUAAUGUUCUGCCCCUUUGCAACCCAGUGGCAAGUAAUGCAUUGAAAAUCGCUAGCGUUCGUCUACUAGAGUUUGUGUGUCGAGCGUCUAGAGUGUAUAAGUAGGAAAUUGGAAAUGUUUUUCUUGAACACUAAACACAUGGCCUGGAGCCAAUGUUUAUGCAUUUAUAAACCUGUUAUGUAAGAUGAAUACUAUUAAAAUAAAAUAAAAAACAUGUUAA